CUUUACACUGACUACAAAAUUUAAUAUCAACGUUUUAUAAAAACUGUCAUUACUUUAUAACAUCAUGAAAUAAUUUCUACAAAUGAAAUCUCAACCAUUAGGGCAAAAACAUCACCUGAAUGCAUCACCUUUCUGAUUUCCGAUUUUACCGCUUCGUUUAAGGAUAUAGAGGAUAUGAGUACUUGAACGCAGCAUUAGCCCAACGGUCGUGGGAAAACGAAGCUAACGCAAUGACAAGGCAAAAAUGAAAAUGAGUAAAUGUAUGAACCUGGUAUGAACUUACUCAGGAGUAAUGCUGUUCGAAGGGAGGCUUUGGCUGUCUAACCAGAGAGCUCAACCUGCAAAAGAUCAGCAUCAGAGCAGCUUAUCUACAGUUGGCAGGUAUUCUCAUUGGACUCCUCCACAGUCUGGCAGCCUUCCCUGAUCAUUCAGUUUGAGCUCUGCCAGGCUCCAAUGCUGCUAAAGGCUGCCCUGUGGAGUAAAAGUGUUGCGUGUUGGACGGGUUAAAACUAGGGAUGGGGACAAUUACCAACAACGUUUGGAGGCUUUUGGACGACUGUAAGCUGUUCAUAUCAGAGCACCUGGAAGAUGAGGACCUGAGUGAAAACGCCCAAGAGACACGAAGAGUCUUACUGAAUAACUUCCGGGUUGUCCUUGGAAGGAAUCCACAAGAAUUACCCGGCAGAUCGGACUUCAGAGAUGAAGAUGGUUCUGAUGACAACCGCAGUUCCAGUCUGGGUCGCUCUGGCCCUUCAGACGACGCCUCUGACUACCAGGACGAUGGUCCCGCUGAGUUCUUUGGCGACAUCCCUCCUGUUGCGAUCCAGGACCUCAGCAACAUCUUGAAGCAAGGCUACUUGGAGAAGAAACGAAGAGAUCACAGCUUCUUCGGUUCAGAGUGGCAGAAGAGAUGGUGUGUCCUGAACAAUUCCAUAUUCUACUACUUUGGGAGUGAUAAAGAUAAGCAGCAGAAAGGUUCCUUUUAUAUCAACGAGUACAGCGUGCAGAUGGUCUCUAACCUGAGGAAGGACUCCAAAAAGAACUCCUGUUUUGAGCUCUUUGCCUCGGGACGGCGGGCUUUCCAGUUCACUGCCAGCAGUCCUCAAGAGGCCAGAGAAUGGGUGGACCAAAUCAAUUUUGUUCUUCGAGAUCUGAGCUCCAGCUUCAUCCCUGUAGAUGAUGACGAGGAGGAGGAAGAGGAGACCUAUGAUGACAUUGAGGGGGUGAGCGGCCCUCCCCCGCCUCGGCCCGGAGCUGCCCAGGUCCCACACCACCAGGGCGGCAAACGGGGAGGAGGGCACGAGGCAGGGGAGGAUGAGGAGGAGGACGACGAGGAUAUCUACGAGGUGCUGCCAGAGGAGGAUUUCCCCGAUCCAGCAGAUGAGAGCAGCGAUAAGAACAACAAAUCAGCUGGGUCAUCAGAUUACGCUAACUACUACCAGGGUUUAUGGGACUGCAAGGCAGACGAGCCGGACGAGCUGGACUUCCACAGAGGAGACCUCAUUUAUAUCGUCAGCAAGGAGUACAACAUUCACGGCUGGUGGGUCGGAGAGCUGAACGGCACCGUGGGUAUCGUCCCCAAGGACUUCCUGCACCCUGCCUACAUCCUGUGAGCUCCAACAGAGCUGCUGCUGGAACAACGCGCCAUGAAUCCCACACAAAGGCCUGUCACAUACUUUCUUACUGUUUAAAUUAUAUUAUGUAAAUCUACUGCAGAAGAACUCGUUCCUGCACACUGUGAACACAUACAGGGAGAAUAUUCAGGGUUAAAUCUGCAAUAAAACAAAAGCCAUUUAAUCAGCCAGUCAACUGAUAGGAAAUAAGACUGCUACAUUUUUUAUGAUUAAUAAUUUAGAUUAAUAUUUAAGUAAGAAAAAAACAUUUUGAAGGUAAGAUUUUUAUUCCUCCUUUUUUUUUAAAAAUCUAAAUUCACUGAAAAUAUUUUUGUUUUUUACUUCAAAAUGUAAAUCUAAGAAAACACACUUUUCAGACAUUUUUCAAGAGACUAAAGAUUGUUAUUAUUUAAUUUAAAAAUAACCCCCAGCAUAAUCAUUGGCGGGGGUAUUUUGAACUGCAGGUCUAAUGCUAGUUGGUUGACAAUUUUGGAUGUGAACAUGUAAAAUAAAUGGAGUCAAAAUGAG